AAAAUAGUUAUCCCUAUCUAUAUCUACUUAUCGUCUAAGCUCAGUGAUCACAACCUACGCCGAGUGAAACCCCAAUCCCAAUACACUCCCAACUCACAAAGCCAUGUCUCCAGGUCCUGUUGUCGACGCUUCCCCUGAGGUUGAAGCAGAGCAACAACUUCCCUCCGUCGAUGACGCAACCCAGUUGAAGAAAUCCCAACCGCAGGAGGAUGAUGCUCCCGUUGUCGAGGACGUGAGGGAUGAUGACAAGGACGACGACGAUGAGGACGACGACGACGAUGAUGAAGAUGACAAGGAAGACGAUGCUCUAGGUGGUGCUGAGGGUUCAAAGCAGAGCAGAAGUGAGAAGAAGAGUCGAAAAGCAAUGUUGAAGCUGGGACUAAAACCUGUCACCGGUGUUAGUAGGGUCACAAUCAAGAGAACAAAAAAUAUUCUUUUCUUCAUCUCCAAACCUGAUGUCUUCAAGAGUCCAAAUUCUGAGACCUAUGUCAUAUUUGGUGAGGCGAAAAUAGAGGACUUGAGCUCUCAGUUGCAGACACAGGCUGCUCAACAGUUCAGGAUGCCAGAUAUGGGAUCUGUAACGGCAAAACAAGAAGAUGCUGCAGCUGCAGCAGUGCAACCUGAAGAAGAGGAGGAGGUUGAUGAAACUGGUGUGGAGCCCCAUGACAUUGAUUUGGUGAUGACGCAGGCAGGAGUGUCAAGAAGCAAGGCCGUCAAGGCUCUCAAGACUCACAACGGGGACAUUGUUGGAGCCAUCAUGGAACUCACUACUUAAUUGGGGGUUUAUGUUCUAUUUGUAUGUUUUUUUGGGAAUGAUAUUUAGAACUAGUGCCGUUUCUAUGUUAUAAACCGAAUCAACAUAACCGUUUUAUGUUUGGGAUUUGGGUUUUACCCUUUACUUCAUAAUUUUGUUGCGUUAUCAAAAAGUUCUGAAUGCUUUUAAUUUGUAUCAGUAUUUGGAAGAAUUAGGAAGCUGAACAAUCUAUUUUAAGCCUACUUCAUAGGUUUUUCAACUGAAUUUACUGGGGAAGAUUGGAUAA